AUGGAGCAAUUUCUCGCAGGUCUUGAUGAUCUCUUAACCAAGUUGGCACAAGCUCAAGAUUCUGAAACUAUCAGAACUGCCACUUCUGCUCUCAAUACACAAUACUAUGCUUCUUCUGAUUGUGUACCUGCACUUAUCGAGAUUAUUGCUCGUUCACCCCAUUUCCAAGUACGCCAAUUAGCUGCGGUCGAGUUAAGAAAGCGUAUUUCUAAGUGGUGGUCUCAAAUCCAAGAAACUGUCAAGGUCAAUUUGCGUACUCAGCUCUUGACUAUUGCCUUGAACGAACAAAACGAUCAAGUACGUCAUGCUGUGGCUCGUGUGAUUUCUUCUGUUGCCAGUAUUGAUAUGCCUGAUGAAAAAUGGCCUACACUUCUCAACUUCUUGCAUGAAUCCUGUGCUAGUCCUACAGCUUCUCACCGAGAAAUCGGUAUUUAUUGCUUAUAUACUUUGUUUGAAGUGAUUGCCGAUUUCUUCAUGAACAAUACGGUCUCAUUGUUUGAGUUGUUUAACAAGCUGAUUGUGGAUCCCGAAAGUAAAUCAGUCAGGAUUACGACUGUCUUGGUUCUUGGUAAACUCUCUGAAUUUGUAGAUAGUGAAGACAAGUCUACGAUUAAAAUGUUCAGAGCCAUGAUUCCUCAUAUGGUCAGUGUCUUGGAACAAUGCGUAAAGGAUGGUGAUGAAGAGAAUGCUGCUCAAAUCUUUGAAGUUUUCGAUACUUUGUUGAUGUUGGAUGCACCUCUGUUGAACGAGCAUUUGGCUCAAUUGAUUGAUUUCUUCUUAACCAUUGGUGGCAAUGCUGAACUAGACGACACAUUGCGUGUAUUUGCUCUUUCAUUCUUAAUGUGGGCUGCUGUCUAUAAACAAAACAAGAUCAGACAUCUAAAGUUGAUUGGCCCCAUGGUGGAGCGUUUGAUGCCUAUUGGUACAGAAGAAGAUCCUGAAGAUGCCGAUGAAGACUCUGCUUCUCGACUUGCUUAUAAGGUCUUGAAUGCCUUGGCCACCAAUAUCCCACCUCAGCAAGUAUUCCCUAUUGUGAUGCCCUUUGUACUCAACUAUAUUCAGCAUCCUCAAGCCAAUUAUCGUAAGGCAUCCAUGAUGGCCUUUGCUGUCACUGUUGAGGGUUGUACAGACAUUAUUGCCAACAAGUUAAAUGAGUUGUUGCCCUUGGUCUGUACUGGUCUUCAGGAUCCUGAGAUUGUGGUACGUCGUGCUGCUUGUAUGGCGCUUGGUUGUCUUGCUGAAGAAAUGCCUUCUGAUAUUUCUGAGCACCAUCAGGUGCUCUUGCCUCUCGUCUUUAACUUGAUGAACGACAACAAUUCUAAAGUCACUAAACAUGCCUGUAAUGCCUUAGAUGCCAUCCUCGAAGGUCUCGGUGCUGACAUUAUUCAAUACUUGCAAAUGUUGAUGGAAAAACUCUUGUUCUUGUUGGACCAUGCUCAUGAAACAGAGACAAAAGCCACUGUGAUUGCUGCUAUUGGCAGUGCUGCUCAUGCUGCUAGAGAUGCUUUCCAACCUUAUUUUGGCGAAGUCUUGCCUCGUAUCGUUCAAUUCAUGUCACUCAAGGAAUCUACUGAUGACCAAUUGUUGCGCGGUGUGGCUACAGACACGGCUGGCUCCAUGGCCGAAGCCGUAGGUGCUGAUGUCUUUAGACCUUAUGUGCAAAACCUGAUGAGCUUGGCUGUCGAACAACUCUACCUGGACUCUCCUCGUUUGCGUGAAUGCUCUUAUGCUCUGUUUUCUAACUUUGCUCGUGUGUUUGGUGAAGAAUUCGCACCUUAUUUGCCUACCAUUGUACCUGAGAUCUUGAACUCUUGCAAGGCAGAAGAAAAGAACGAAAAUGUGUUAGACGAAGAAGUGGAUUUGACCACAGGUGGCAUGGACGAUGAUUUGGAAGAAGACUUUGAAAACUUCAACUUCAACUCGGCCAUUGCUGACGAAAAGGAGUUUGCUGUGGAUGCCUUGGGUGAAUUGUUUGCCAACACCAAGUCUCAUUUCUUGCCGUAUGUCGAAGCUGCUCUUUUAGAACUUCAGAAACUCACCAGCCAUUUGUACGAUGGUGUGCGUAAAUCAGCAACUCAAAGCUUGUUUAUUUUCCUCAAGACAUUCUAUACCAUGUCUAAUCCUGGUCCCUGGACUGUGGGUAUCCCUGCUACUUAUGCCGUCCAUGAAAAUGUUCAGCGUUUAAUCAAUACAGUGAUCCCAAUGACCUUAGAGCUAUGGAAAGAAGAAGAUGACCGUUCUACUGUUACACAAACCUGUCAAGAAUUUGUCAGUGCACUUCGCUUAAUGGGUCCUGUCUUGAUUUCAGAUGUACUUGAAGACAUAGCACAGAACUUGCUGGAAAUCUUCCAAAAGAAGUCUGUUUGUCAAAUGGCCUUUGAUGAUGGCGACUAUGAAGAAGAAGAAGACGAGAUUGAGUCUGAAUCUCUCUUGAUUACUUCUGCUGGUGAUUUAGUGGCUGCUUUAUGUGAAGUAGUAGGUCCUAGUUUCCACAAAUACUUUGAAGUCUAUUUGCCCUUGAUCAUCAAAUACUACAAACCUACCAAGACACAAGCUGAACGUUCCAUGGCCAUUGGUUGUUUAGGUGAAUGCAUUGUAGGCAUCAAGGAAGCCAUCACACCUCAUACAGAGCGCUUAACCCAAGUGUUUGUGAAAGCAUGCUCUGAUGAAGAUGAACUGGUCCGUAGUAAUGCUGCUUUUGCCUUGGGUUGUUUGACCAUGUAUACACAAAUGGACUUGAGUCCUCAUUAUCCUGUCCUUUUGACUGCCUUGUCUCCCUUAUUUAGUAACCAAACCUUUCCCAACACAGUAGACAAUGCAGCUGGUGCUGUGGCUCGAUUGAUUUUAGCCCAUCCUGAUGCUGUUCCCUUAGAUCAAGUUUUGCCUACAUUUACCAAUGCUUUACCCUUAAAGGCUGAUUUUGAAGAAAAUCAACCCGUGUUUGAUUGUCUCUUCCAACUCUUCCAGGCUCAUAACUCCUUUGUCUUUAGCCAUUUAUCUCAAUUCCUUCAUAUCUUUACACAAGUGCUUUCUGAUCAAGAGCAGCUUAAAGAAGCCACUCGCGCUCAUUUGAUUGAACUGAUUCGACACUUGAAUUCUCAAUCCCCUGAACUCAACAUUGGCUCAAGUGAACUUGCACGCUUUUUAUAA